CAAUGCGAUCCGAUUUAAGCUGUAAUCAGUGUCCGUUUAAAUGUCACAACUUUUACGCAUACAAUCAACACAUGAAUCUCCAUAAAAACUUAACGGCCAAAUUCAAACUAAAGUGUCAUAAAUGCGGAAAAGCAUUCGCAUCGAUGGUAUCCCUGAGGACUCACAUCAAUGUUGAACACAUCCAGUCAAACCUGAUAACACGAAAUCAGUUGAAUCGCUAUGAAUGCUAUUAUCCUAACUGUGAAUAUACUCACAAGUUGUGGUCAAUUAUCACUCGACAUGUUAAUAACCACUUGAGCCGUACGCCAAAGCGUCUCAAGAGCUAUAUAUUCAUGUGCGAGAUAUGCGGACAAACUUAUAUGCAUCUCAAGUCAAUGCGCCGACACUUCUCGUCCGUUCAUACCUUAUAUGAGAAGCAAUACUAUAAGUGCGGUUCGAUUGGCUGCCCAUUCAAAACGGAUGUGUUGGUGCAAAUGUUUAGCCACAACAGUCAACACGAACCGUACACAAUAGAUACCAUUACCUUCAACUCAGUACCAGAUGAUAGGAAGACCACCGCUGAGCUCAUUGAUAGCACCAUUGCCAACGGACUCCAUGGUAGUGAUGAUGUGCUCUCUAUGGAAAUGAUUGACUCCUAUUCCGGACGAAUGGUGUCCUCAGAGUUUGCGAUUCCCAUGAAUCCCGUGGCUAACGAACUGUCCACUGAUAAGCCAAUUGAUUCAGUCAUUGAAGUGAUUGAAAGCGAGAGUCUAAGCACUCGACCCAACGCUAGCAACGGAGACAAUGAUUUUGUUUUCGGCAGUAAUCUAUUGAACCAAAAGAAUGUCACCAAAUCUCAUGAAAUGUCACCAAUAAAUGGCGAUUCAUUUGCCUUUGUAUUGAGGUCUAUAUUGUCCAAAAAGAGUGACCACAACACUAGUCAUAGAAAUUAUUGCAAUAAGUGUAACGUUAUGUUGGCCUCCGAGACGGCCUACAACAACCAUAUGAUGCGACGGCACUCAACCCAUAGGUGUUUGCAGUGUUCGCUCGUAUUUGAAGAUUUUGAGCAACUGAUCCAACACUCGCAGAAUGAGUGCUCACAGAUCUCCCGCAUCUAUAUAUGCGAACAAUACAACUGUUUCUUUGAAUGCACUGACAGUCUAGUGUUUGAUGACCACAAACGCACACAUUUGACAACUACUUGUCGUGAUAACAGUAAUGAUAUUGCGGUUAAGACUGAACCAAUAGAUAGUGACAAAUGUGAUGAUAUGUGCGGUGAAGAGCAAGGUCUAAAUGUUAGGACAUUAGUUGCGACGGACAGACAGACAGUUAGCGUUGAAUCUCAUUGUAUUCGUGAAAGCGAGAGUCGAGUCGAACUUAAUUCCGGUGACAAUACAAAUAAAACUGGGACGGAUCUGUUGUCUAAAAUUGAUGUGAAGACCGAGAGCGCAGAUGUGGACAAUAGUAGCGAUAAAUUGGUAGAAAAUGCAAAUGUCAUUCUCAAGCACUCGUAUACCAAACGAAAACGUUUACCGACUGGACGGCGACGGGCCCGGGGGUGUAAGUGC